AGUAUGUACAGGAUAUGGAGAGAGCAUUCAGCCUGUCUCUCCCGUGUCCUGCCUUCUGCGCCAUGUGGGCAGGACCAGCGUCUCCUCCACCCCUGGGAUGUCGGUGCCUCUCUCCCUGGGAAUAGUCAGAGGUGAUGCCGAUGAUGCCGGUCCCGGUCUGGCUGUGUGUCUCCGGAGCACUCCUGAUUAUCCUCUCCGCUGCAGCCCCGGGCCAGGCUCACAUGUUCAGCGCCAGUGACCCCCUGGUGUCCCUGGAGACCGGGGCCAGUCAGUUGCUCCUCAACUCCUCCAGCUCCUGGGUCAGCCUGUUCUUUGCCAGCUGGUGCGGACACUGCAAGAGAUUCAAGCCGGACUGGAUGCAGCUGGCGCACGAUGUGAAGGAUUGGAGGCCUGCGGUGUAUCUGGCUGUCUUAGACUGUGGCGAUGAAUCCAACACUGCGGCUUGCUCCAACUUUGGAAUACAAGGAUACCCUACUAUAAAGUUCUUCGAUACCUUUUCACAAAGUCCAUCGGAUGGCAUCGUGCUUCAGAGUCGUGAUCCAGCGGACUUGAGACAGAGCAUUAUUUCUGAACUGGAGGCACAAAAAGAUUCUCCGCCUCUUGCAUGUCCUCCAUUAGAGCCAAUCAGUGGGCCGGAGGUUGAACAUUUUUUUGAGAAUAACGAAGAAUUUUAUCUAGCGCUGUUUUUUGAAAAACCUAAAAUGUACACGGCAAGAGAGGUUGCUCUGGAUAUGGUUCAAUACAAGGGUGUCUCUGUACGCAGGGUCCUCGAGGUUCAGUCCGAUCUGGUCGAUAAAUUCCAGGUGUCAUCCUUUCCAUCUGGGUUCUUGUUGACCAGAAAUGGAUCCAUAAGUAAAAUUGAGCUGCAGACGGAGUCUCGUGCUGAAUACACAAAGCUACUCCGUGCUCUUCCUGGGGUGAAGAAGGUUAAUAUGAAUCUCAUUGGCUGGUCUGCAUCUGUUACUGGGGACACAGUUGUAAAGAAGACAGUUAACAGUUCUGUAGUGUACAUGGCAGAUCUGGAGGCAUCCAUCCACUAUUCAUUGCGAGUUGAGGUGGCUCGGUUCUCAACCUUGGAAGGGGACCGUAAAAAAGCUCUUACCAACUAUGUCGGUGUGCUGAAGAAGUACUUUCCCGCCCGCCCCUUCCUCAGCACACUUCUGGGGAAUAUCCAUAACUGGCUAACAGAACAGUCAGAGGACAUAGUGUCGUACAAGGACUUUGCAGACGUUGUAAACAACAAGAAUCAAGUUCAGAAUGCUGUGCUGGCACCGCAUGUCAACUACGUUGGAUGUCAGGGAUCCAAGCCUGAAUAUCGAGGCUUUCCUUGUACCGUCUGGACGCUGUUCCACCUUUUGACUGUCAGAGCUGCAGAAAUGGAAUCUGACAAUGAAAAAUCUUAUUGUCUAGAGGUCUUGCAGGCAAUGUAUGAUUACGUCCGUUACUUCUUUGGCUGCAGAGAGUGUGCUCAACACUUUAAGACAAUGGCGGAUGAGUCAAUGAACAGUGUUCGUGAUCGGAAAUCAGCUGUCUCAUGGUUGUGGAUACGUCAUAACAUGGUCAAUAAAAGACUUGCAGGACAGGGAAGUGAUGAUCCGGAAUUUCCAAAGAUACAAUGGCCUUCUAUAGAGCUUUGCCCCAGUUGCCGGAAGCAGCUAAUGGGUGGUACCAUCUGGAAUAGGGCUGCUGUUUUAGCUUUUUUGAUGUCUCAUUACGCAGAAGGAAAUUUAUCCUAUGAGUAUUUGGAGGAUGAGUCCGUGCUGCUGGAAAACCAGAAAAAAGCUGCUGGCAUGGUAAGGGGUAAAAGGGAGGUUGAAAGUGAGAAGGAGGGGGAACAACAGGAAGCCCAGAGCAAAAAUUACGCUUCUAACACACCAAUCAAAGCUGAAGAAGAGAAUAUAGACUUACCUGCAGUUUCUAAAGGACAACAGAUUCCACGCCACAGACCCACCAUCAUAAAAAUGAAAACUAGCAGAGGUAUUCAAGGAGAGGGGCAGGAAGAGAAAAAUAUUGUGGAUUUGGAUUCCCAGGAGGUCCAUAUUUUCCAACGUAGAACGUUACAGGAUUCCAAGUUCGACCAGAAUAACCAGGCUCUUCAGGCAGAAAGACUGAUGGAUCCCCAAGAUGCAGAGUUUGACCAUGUUGCAGUAAGGGACCGUUUACUUCAGAGGGGGAUCGACACAAAAUAUCUGAUGGGGGUAAUGGUUGAAAACGGGGAGAUAAACUGGAAGGGGCGUUGGGUGAAGUUGUUGGAAGUCGGAUUCUCUCGCCUAGACAUCAGUCUCUGCGUCAUUCUUUAUUUCCUCACCAGCAUGUGCCUGCUUGCAAUGUAUCUGUACCUAAGUUUCCGGACACGGUUCUUUCGACAGCGGCGCGGGUGUCCACGAGUGUGACACAAGCAUUUCCUAGUGCGACAGACCUGAAGUUCCAUGCCUUGCUGAGUGAACUGUGCAUUUCAUAAGUGACCAAUGUCAUUUUUUUUUAACUCAUGGAAAGUUUGUACUAACAACCACUCAAAACCAAAGCUUAACUCAUCACAAAUGUGUCUAAUCGAAUGAUGUGUUAAAAAAUAAAAUGAGCCUAUUAAAAAAA